AUGGCCAGCUACAGAUAUAUGCUGACUUAUCAGCAGCCACCUUACAACGGCGAAGAGAGUUCAAGGAGACAACAGAAACGUUGCGGGAACAAGAUCCCAUAUAGGUGGGGGCACCCGGUGCGCCUGAUUAUUCAACGCAAUGGUACCUUCACCCAUGUGACAACACCAGAGGAAGGACUGAAGGCCCUGAAGCAAUGGGACUUACUGGUCCGCAAACAACAUGGACGUACAACUUCGCCGCAGCGACUAAGACAAGACUGGAAGAAGGCGAAAAAAUAA